AUGGCGAAAUGGCAGCUUGGAGAGCCAGGUGUCUUUGGUCUCACCGGGUGCCACAUCGGAGCUUGCCAGCCCUCCCAGCCUCGGGCGGCUGGGAGGUUCUCCCGGCCACGUCUCGAAAAGUCUCCGAGCCUAGCGUCCAAGAACAAGCGUGCACGUGCUCAAAUAGAGCAGAGCGUCUUUUCGCAGUGGCGACCAGUGGAGAUCCCAGCAGAGGAAGAGGCUUCCCCGACGAAAGGCGGCGCUCGCGCAUUGCAAACGGCACAGGACGGUGGAGAAGAAGAGGACGAAGAGGAUGAAGAAACCAGAGAGCGAUUGUUGGAUUGGCGACGCGAACCCGACGAAAAAGAAGCGCCACGGGGCAAGAUGACUCUAACCAGCUCCCACGACAUCUCUGCGCGCAUGCGCUGGCAGGUGGCCUUCGCCAAGGUCAGAGAAAAGACCGGUGUCGCCAGGCGGAACCAGCACCGCAUCGCCCUCACGAACAAGGUCAAGGAGUACCUCAUGUAUACCAACAGUCGAGGCUCCUGCACCAAAAUGGUGAGGUCACUGGAAAGCUAUGACAGGUCCACCUGGAUGGAAAGGGAGGAGAUAUCCUACAAGAGGUUCACGGAGGGUUUGCUUGAUGAAGCCGAGACCUGGGUGUCGAAGAAUUUCGAGGACAUGCAAAGUGCCCUGGAGCCGGUCGUGUUAAGCGAGCCGAAGCGGCAAUAUGACAUGAACGAGUUCGAGCGCAUGCUUCGCAUGAACGAGCAGGAGAAUGAGUGGUUGGAUACUCAGCGACGGAAGACCGACGAGCUAAUGGACGUCCACGUCCGGCUGGUGUCCCGAUCCACGGCGAGCAUGGCCGACUCCAUCGCCAGGGUUAAGCAGGCCUUGACAUCGCUGGUCAACGAGAUCGCCGAAGGACUGCGUCGGCACAACAAGCUGGUGAAAGAGCACGAAGCCACAGAGGCCGAGCUCUAUGAGCUGGCCCGGAAGCAGAAGCUACUGCAAACGGCUCUUGAGGAGUUCGAGGUGCGUAAGAAGGAAGCCACAGACAGGUACGCUCGAGAGCUUGAGACCCUGAAGACCGAGUACGGAAAGCUGAAGCGAGCAGUGGAGACCGCGCAGUCAGCUCUGGUUAAGGACAAGGAGAGGUACAACCAGUUCUGGAGAAAUCUUCUUGCAUCGUUGAAGUCCAAAAUCUCGGAUCAGCUCGAUGUCUUGGGGCAGGCACACAUACAGCGCAUCCGACGGCAGUGCGAAGUCCACGAACGACAAGGCAUCAUGAGGCGCAGCACGCUGGAGAAAGAGAUCCAGGAGCUCAGGCGGCGUCUGAAGGAAAGGCGGACGUACCUCCAGGAAGCGCGGAUACGGCAAGAGCUGACCGACCUGCGACAGGAAAUCUACGAAGCGAGGCUGCUCCUCUUUGAGCUGAAAGCGCGGGCUGGGGAAGUGUCGGAGACUGGCGAGCCCGCAGAGGGAGAAGUGCUGCAAAAGCUGUGGAAGACGGGGGAUGCAACCAACAUGCCGGAGUCAGGACUGCUUCCCCUGUUGGUCCAGCAGCUGCAGAUUCAGAGGCAGUGGCUGCUGGAUCGGGGCCAGAGCUUUUCCCUGAGUCUGCGACGACUCCUUCCGAAAGGAAAUCGGCUGCUCUCGACCCCAAUGUCUUUGCUGCAGCUGGUUUCGGAGGUCUUGCAGCAGAGAGAACUUGAUGCGAGUGAAAUGUCCCGAGAGAAGCUGACGAAGGUUUUCCGGUCGGAGCUCACGCGCCAGCGCACGGAGGUCUUGAGUCUGGUCGUGGACAUGCAGCAGGGCCAGAUGGACAUCAGCGGCCUCCUGGCCUCUGAUGACGUCUACGUUGCAUUGGAGGAGUCCAUCCGCUCGCUGGAGGCCACCAGAAGAUCCCAGGAAGCUCUGGUAGAGAGCUGGACCCGGCUUUCCAAUCACUCAACCACGGACUCCACGAACUUCACCUGGGUGCAAGAAGAGCUGACUCAGAAGCUUGAGGAUUUGCAGAAAGGUUUGACACUGGCAGAGACGUCCACCAAAUGGCUCCAGGCACCGACGCAGAACAGCUCUCUGGUCCUGGCAGAUCUGACGACUCGAGAGGAGAUGCGCUGGCUCACGGACCUGACCCUGAAGCUGGGAGAGCGGUGUGGGCGGCUCAGGGCUGGAGCUCUGCUGGUGGAAGAGGCGCAAGACAAGGAUGCGUCGGAUGGAACCUACCAUGCCGUCGGAGGCUUGCUGAUGGGCCUCCCCGCAGUCGUGGAUGAGGACAUGGUCGCCCUCAGCCAGACCUGGACGAAGCGUGUGCAGCUGAAUCUAGAGAAGCGGCAGAAGCUCCAUGGCGAGUUGGCGUCUGCGUAUCGCCGCCUCUCCGUGCAUCAGGGCGGACAGAGCGUGGAGUCCGUCUUCGAAGGCGUGGACUCGUUGAAGAUCAUGCUGGAAGAUGCAGAGUUCGCAGAGACAGGGGCGCAGGACGACAUGACCCCGGCGGAGCUCCUCAGCAUUCUCCAUGCCACUGCUGCGCGCGUUUUCCAGCAAAGCGAUUCGUACCAUUGGGCCAUGGUUGGACUGGGCGGCUUAGAUUCCAUGGCCUCAGAGGCAGUGGUGCACGAGCAGGCCGUUCGAGCGCAGACAGCCCCUCGCGUCGAUGAAGAAACCUCCGGAGAGGACAUGGUUUCGUUCUCGAACAUGAACUUGCUGGAUGACCUCUCCGCUGUGGAUGAUCUUCAAGGACAUAUCACGGAGCUGGCAGACUUUGAUCAAGAGGUUGUGAGCCAGCUGGCUGAAGGCUUAAAGCUGCCUACUCAAGUCGAGCGCACUCUGAUGGAGGGAGAUGAAGAGGAGGAUAUUCUGGAAAGCGGAGAAGAAGAGUUUCAAGAAGAGGAUGAAGAAGAGGCUGCGGAUGAGCCAGAUCUAACUGUCCCAGCCGCGAGGGAAGAGCCUUUCAUGCCUCCAGACGCGGAGUUGGCUGCAGUGGAGGAGAUCGGUCCCGAAGAGGGUGCUGUUACAGAGCAAGGACGAGGCAUCAGAGAUGAAGAAGACUUUGCUCCCGAAGCAGACGCAGUUGAAAUCCGAGAAGAUGUCGGAACUCAUGACAGCGGCCAUGGGAGUCCUUCGGGCCCUGCGCUGCCAGAAGCGCCAGAGUCACCCCGGACGCCGCGGACGCCGAGGACGCCACGAACCCCUUCCAGCCCCAAGAGCAGUGGGAAGCCGAAGGCUUCGAAGGAGUCCCAGAGUCCCAAGAGCUCCAAGACGAAGGGAGCGCAGGGCCAGGAGCCGGCCAGCCCGAAGACUCCAAAGAGCCCGGGAAGCCCCCGAAGUCCCCAAAGCCCAAAGAGUCCCAAGAGCCCGAAGCGCUCGACGACCCUCAGGCAAACGAGCUUCCGCGAAGCGAGCAGCUCACAAUCGAUCAGAGGCCAGAAGGAGCCCAAACCCCAAGCCGAAGCCACGGACGUGCCUCCGCAAGCACAGGCAGAGCUGCCAGUCGAGGACGUUUCGGCUACGAGCGAAGAUCCUGUCAACGAUAGUCUGUCCCGGCCCAUGUCGCAACCGAGCACAGCUGCCAUUCGGACAACGGAAGAGGACCCGGCCGUGGUUCCGGAGGUGGACAGCAACAUAAGGACAAUCUCUCCCAGGAGGCCCUCAACCCGAGUUCCAGUGGCAGACCUGAUCAAGCAGGACCUCCUCGGUGCCAGCCAGUUGCAGGUCCAGGAGGAGCUGGAGGUUCAUGCAGACCUGCCGUCCGAAGAUCUUGCUGAGAACGGCCAGGGUACAGCCACCAUUCCGGGUGACUCCCUGCGUAGCCUCGCGGAAGCUCCGAAAGAAGACAUGAGCACCAAGACUCCGCCUGGGGCAGUGCCGAGCAGAACCGAUCUCCAGGACGGCAUGCCAGCCGGGAUGGGUGAGACGGACAGUGAGACGUCGCCGAGGCCGCCUUUCGCUGCUCCUCCAGAUGCUGGCACACAGAAGCAGGAGAAGGAUCAUCAGACAUUGGUGGUUGCGAGCACGCAAGCGCACGACAAUGUGCGCGCAGAGAGCUCAGGCGAGAGUUCGGCAGCUAGCUCCCUCGACGACUUUCGCCACGAAGGGCAUCCUGAAGGCCCCGUCCUUGCAGAACCCGGUCUCGCGGGCGAACAGCCGCAAGCGGUCUUCGAGGCGCAGCCACAGCCCAAUGCUCCGGAGCCACGGCCAGUGUCAUCGCCGUCACAGUCGUCCUCACUUCCCGAUGUGUCCCCGAUGCCUUCUGCAGAGAUCCGCAAUGCGGGCAUGGUGAUUCAGGCCGGCCAGACCGAAAGCACCGAGACCCUGGCGACCUGGGUGGCAGCCAACAUCCAUCGGCGUUUGAGUGGAGCGGGCGAGAGUCUGGAGCCGGGCGGUGCGGUCCAUAUCGCAGACACGGAAGUCUCACGGCGCCUAUCUUCAGUGCGUUCUGGACUUGGCCUUGGGGGACCGGCCAGCUCUACUUCUUCCUCGGGCCUUCAGCAAGGCAAGAAGAAGGCACGUCGUCCGAAGGCGUUGACACGACUCGGAAAAGGUGAAGAUGAAGAGAUCCUUCCAUCGACAGAUGCCCCGGAGGAAGCGAUGCCCGAGGAGGAUCAGAAGCCAGCUCAGGAAGCCAUGCCCGAGGAGCAUGCGGAUACAACGCCAGAGGAUGCAAAGCCCGCCGCUGCGGCUCCGGGUGGGCUGGAACAGCGAAUUCCAGAGAGUGCACCACCUCCUGCGGCCCCGAAGGUGGCAGCAGCGCCUGUGCAACCACAGCUGUCAACCGGCGAGGAGGAGAUGGAGGAGCAGGACGAGGAGGAGGUGGAGGCGGAGGAGGCGGAGGAGGAUGUGGUGGAGCAGCCACGUGAUUACGAGAGGCCCAAGAGGAUUGACCCUCACAACACUGCUGCAUCUUUGAUGACCGGCCGCAGCCAAAAUGCAGAUGACCUCGAGAAGAUGGCACUCGCGGACAUGGCCGGUGACACCUUGGCCGUGGCCGCCUACGCGCAGUCGGCACUGGAGAACUUCCACCCGACCUCGGAGUCUUCAGGGUCAGCCAGCCCUGUCAGCCCCUUGUCCACGCGAUCGCUGCAUUCAUCGCGCUCGCCACAGCGCAGGCUGCCCAAGCAGCCGGCGGCGGAUGGCGCACAGGUCACGGCCAUGUCGCCGGUGCCAAGCAGCGUCAGCGCUCUUGCCGGGGAUGCGACUAACGAGGAGCCGAAGUUCAACGAAGCGAUCUUGAUGUUGGAUGCAGAGGCGACAACCAGCCGCAACGCCUGGGCUGGCAAGGCCGUUUCAGGCCGCCUGCCGAAAAAGAUGUCCGUCAGCAACAUUGACCUGGAAGACCUUGGCUUGCCCAACGACACAGACGACCAGGCCAUCAAGACAGCGACAGCGAGCCUUUCGCUAGCCAAACCUGGCCGUUUGCUGCCGCGCUCGGGCACGCAGGGAGUGGAGGCCGAGGAUCUGCCGAUCCUUUCUGUGGCCCAGCUAUCACCGCGCGUCUCUCAAGAGUUGACGGAGGCUGAUGUUGGCGAGCUGCAUGCCGAGAACGAGCCCAAGCGGCGCAGGCAGCUGUCGUCAGAUGUGCCCGUUCCCACCAUCGACAGGCAGCCUGCAAAGGACCCGCGGGUUGGCGAAGGGCUCGUGCUGCUGGAUGCGCAGGAAUCAGGCAGCCGUAACAACAUCUGGGCCGGCCAGUCUGCUUCAGGACCUGCAGCCCCCAGUCAGCGAGGAGGCAGCGAACCAGGCAACCAAACAAAGCAGCCCUUCAUGACCCACUUCGAGCUCAAGAGCGACCUUUUGACGAGUGGCGCUGGCGACCAGGCCGACCGGAUGCCACACCGCUCUGCUCUCAAGCCACGUCGGGGCAAGCCCCGCUCGAGUGCACAGGGCUCCGGCAAGGGUGGAAAGGGAGCUCGUCGUCCACAGGAAGACUCGAGGCCUGGCAAAGCCGUCGUGGCCGCAGGGCCGGAGGUGGACUCAGCAAUCGUGGCCGCUGUACUUGCAGAAGCAGAGGCCGAUGGAGAAGGUCCUGAGGAGGCUGAGGAGCCAGAAGACCGAGAAGAGACCCUGGAGGCAGAAACCAAGCCGAGCGAUGGCGAGAAGGUGAAGGUCGAGGUAAACGAGGAGGCAGAGCCGAAGGACAACUUCUCCCUGGCCCGAAAUACGUCCAAGACGGCGGUUAACAAGCGUUACGUCGUUGCAUCCGCGGGCAAGAAGGCCCUGUUUCAAAGCAGAUCUUUUCGCAUGCAAGAUGACGUUCCGGCUCCACAGCUCCCGACUUCGGGAGUCUCGGAUUUGCCAGAUCCUGGUGAGUCCGGCGAAGCUCCUGUCCUAAUCGAGUCGACGGAGACGACUUCCCAGCCUCAGGCUGAGCCGGCAAAGAAGAGGUGGAAAUUGGGUACCCUGGCAGUCCAGGCCGUGCUGCGACUUCGGUCGGAGGCCCGCUCUCCACCGCCUCAGCGUCGCGACAGCCAGUCGAACGUCAAAAAGACACAGAUAGUCAGGGAGCUAGAGCCGCCGCCUCCACCUCCUGAGAGCAUCGCCGCUCCGUCAGCGCCAGCGAGGAAACCCAGACCCAAAGUGGAGAAAGUGGAGAAAGCCAGCAAUGAGACAGUGCCGAAGACGGAAGAAAACAAUUCCAUCCAGACGCUCCAUGAGGCACCAGCGGCACCGCAGAACGGCGUGGAUGACGGCAUCAGCAGCGAGGCGAAGGCACUGCAGGAGGUCCCGCAAGUUCUUCUCCCAAACUUCGCCGCCGCCUCGCUGGACAACGGGGCAAGCCUGGCCUUGACCGCCGCGGCAAUCCAGGCGAUGCGUUCAUUGGACGAGCCCGACCUGUCCCAUUUCCGAAAGUCAGAGGCCAGGCUGCUGUCGGCUCGCACGCAGACAACAGGCUUUCUGUCCCACGACAGCUCUCGCAUCACUUUCUUCUCGGCCAAAACCGACUCGGCCAACUCCACAGCCGGCUUCUCGCCGUACACCUCGCAGACGGAUCUCCUCAAGAAUGCAUCUGGCACUACGCUUUCAUACCAAAGCUCUGCGGCCAAGCUCUCCAUAGCAUCGAUCGAGGAGGAGGCAGGCUCGAAUCCGUCUGCCCAGGCCAAGGUGGCAGCCAGCGAGGCUGAUCGCCAGUGGCCAACUGUGGGAGCCCUUGAGGAGGAGCUCAUUGGAGGCAUCGUGGCAAGCCCGAGCCCCGAGCCCGACGAUGAGGAGGCAGAAGCGAUGAGCGGCUUUGGCUAUGUUCUGGAGAUGCGCAAGCCCCCACCAAUUUCCACGUCCCGGCGUGGCAGCAUCAAGGUCUUUGACGGGAAAGUAGCACCAGAAGUCCUCGGCCAGCCCACACCGAGUCUGGUCUUGUCAAACUUGGCCAAGCCCUCGCCGCGGCAGCCUGCAUCAGCGCGGGGGGCGAGAGAGCCGUCAGGUGCAACGAGGAGACGACCAGUUUACAGCUGA